CUUUGUGUGACUAAUGCAUAGCUCUUUGUGACCUGCCUGAAAACUAAUUAAAACUUUAAAAAUAUAACAGAGGAAAAGAAGAAAGGCAUAACUGCUUAAUUUGUGAGAAAUGUCAAUUUAUUGGGAAUACAAACGAGAAAACGUUCCACCUUGAGUGAUUUCACACUUUAGAUACAAAAGGUAAACAAAGUAUUAUUUACCGAAUGAUAAAUAUAAAAGUCUACACUCGUUGUUGUGCAUGAAGUCUGUGGUCAAGUAUUUCUCACUCGUACAAGAAACCUAAAAACUAUUUGCAUGUUACAGUCUUUACUUGUAUAUCAUACUUGCAGCUGCAGAUAACGGGUCCGUGUUCCGAGAACUAGUGUCUAACUUUAAUACCCGAUUAAUGUUUGGGAAGUGCUUUACUUUGGGGUGAGUUAUUAGGGUCAUGUUCCUAGCACACGAUUUAUGGUAAGCCAGGGCAGUUUUAUGAGGUGGUAUGUGGAUUUGCAAACUAUUGAAAAAUAAAAUUUAGUAAUUAUUUCUUGCAGUAUUAGCUUGCUCUUUGAAGACCCAUCAAUUAAAUUGUUGGCUUUUUUUGCACUUCCAACCCCGCUAUCACACUGAAUGUUAGCAAAAAUGAAAUUAAUUUUAAUAUUUAAAACGGUCGUGGCCGUUGCCAACUGUUUCCUUGAAUAUUACUCUUUCCAAAAUAUUUUCACUGGAAGUAAUUCUUACUGUAACAGAGUAGGUCUAUACUCUUCUGUCAGAAGUGCACCAGGUUCAUCAUCUGGUUGGGGGUAGGAGCAACCUGUACGAGAGAGGAUGUCGAUGGCAAGUUCUUAGUAUUUAAUUCUUUUGUUCUCCACUCCAUGAUGUAUUAUCAGUGUCCCUAGUUCUCGAAGACCUCUUAAGUUUUAAUAUUGUGGUUUGGUGUUUGCAAUUUACUUCUCUUUGAUGCGGAUUGCUAAGUAAUUCCUGGCCAGUAUCGUCACCAACGAGUCUACAGGGAAGAACAUUUUCAUUUGUCAGCUUAUUAUUGAGGAUGAGCUUCCGUGUCAUUAGUUUCACAGUUUUGUGUCAAGAUGAAUUCCAGGAGUCAGCUACUCAAACAUCAGAGAAUGCCUGAGACUGCAUACAUCGUUUUUAUGUUGCUUAUCUACCAUGCAAUGUGUUCUCACGAAAACUGCGCAGUGUUAGAGUUUCACCACCUUAGCACCGACGUUUUGUCCGUCUUUGAAAACAACUUUGCUUAUGUCACAUUCUGGAUAAAUGUUUCCACCUGUAAUGAAACCACGGACCUCAGUACAAUCACGGUUUACACCAGAACUAACAGUGGCAGUCUUGAAUACGAUGGAACGGUCACUUACUACAAAGAGUCUUGUACUGUCAGACCAACGAGAUGUCUUCGAUGCUCCACCCCAUCAGGUCCUGUAGAGCUCAGUAGGAAAGUGAACCGAUCUCACGUGCAGAUAGAGUGGGAAUGGGAGCUGAAGGACAUGCGCAGUGGUACUUUUACAACAAUAAGAAGGGAACUAAAGCUUAAUGUUUAUUACCAACCCAGUGUCACAAGUCUCACAGUAGAUGGAGAAGAAAGUAGUGGAAACUAUGUCAUAAGUGAGGGUCAUGAGGUCAGCAUCUCCUGUUCUUUUGAGAAAGGAAACCCUCCCACCAAUUUCUCCCUUGUAGACCAAACUGGGAAGGAAAUAAAAGCAUCUAGAGGAGAACAACAUCUCAACCUUUCUCUUGCACUUCGAUGCAAGGACGACUGGCCCACCAUCAGAUGUGAAGGAAGUGGCUCAGAAAAGAACGAAUCUGUGUCUUUUUAUUGUCAGAUGUCCUCCACAGUUUAUCGAUAAGAACCCAAAGGUCACAGAGGGCGUGGCAUAUAUCAAGUGGAUAUUUAACAUAAAAGCCUAUACAAAGGACAUCAGGAGAUGUCUCUUGACACCUUACACGUUUGGAGAGAACUCUAACAGAGAAGUGAAGUGUAGCCUUGAGUGGUGACCCGCCUGACCUGCUGCUGGUUGUCCUCCUCGACAAGAAAGAUGGGAUGAAGGGCAGGCAACUGGGCGCUCACCCUCCAUAAUGACGAAGGCUCAUCAGACACAUUAGUGUUCAGCACACAGUCACGUGAGGGUAAAUUAAUCUUUGUAAUUAUAGCUUUUUCAUAGAAAUUGUAAAGCUAAGCAAUUUUUAAAUAUUAAGAACUGUUACAAGCAGCCCAGGCAUUGUGAACUCAUAAGAGAUCACGGAUUAUCAAGGGUAUAAAAAAUACUGUUCUAUGAUUUACAUGAUUCUUAUUAUUCUGUUUGAAGCCGAUUUUGAUUCUGAUUAAGAAAAGUAACUCAUGUUGAAUUUCCAGAGAGAUUAUAUCAUCUUAGGAUACCAGUAGUUUCUUCUAGCAACAGUAAUGCAUUGCAUGUUGUUCUAGUUUGGCAGUGUGAUGAAUUGGAACAUAAAUGAAUGAAGGGUUAUUUAAAUUGUAGAAAAAAAUGUAGCGUACAAAAAUACUUUCUUUUUUACUGUCUUGCUGGAGAGCUGAAAGUAUCCCAAGGAAAAUAGCUAAUGUGUACUUGCGAGGAGUACCCCGGGUAGGAGGUAGAUGCCAAGGCUGGUAGAGAAGAAAACUUAGCUAGCUAACAUAAACAGAAUGGUCUGACCAUAUGCAGGAUUUGUUUACCCUCGCUCAAGACAGGCCUCGGAGGCAGGCCUUCUCAGAUGCUGGGUCUGUCUAGUCAUCACAU